AUAUCGAGUAUAUAUAAUCCUGAUAUCCUGAUUUUGAACGAAAUGCGCCUUCAAUUGUUAAAACCCUACGCCCCAGUUUUCCUUCAAUUGAUCAUCUCAAUUCUUCAAUCUCACCAUGUCUGAAUCUUCCGAAGGACGAGAAAGCGUGGAUGAUUCUGCACAAAAUUCUCCACAAUAUUCUCCUUAUUAUUUUUCUCACCAUUCUGAUCAAUCCUAUGAACAACCCCAGUAUGGUUGGAAAUUCAGUAAAACCGAAAAAACAGAUCGAAUUAGCGCCUUGCCGGAUCCUUUGAUCCUUCAGAUCCUUUCUUCCUUGCGGAUGAAAGAAGUUGUACGAACUGGAGUUUUGUCAAAAAGGUGGCGCCUUUUGUGGACUUCAGCACAUAAUCUAAUUUUCAGAUGCUCUGGUCAAUCUAAUCACGCUGUAAGUGAAUUCAUAACUUCUGUUGAUGAUACAUUACUUCUAAGUAAGCCUAGUAAAUUGAACAAGUUUUCGGUUGAAUUCCAUUACAACCAAAGAUUUGUUAAGUAUGUUAAUAAAUGGAUGAUUUUUGUAAAGAAUAAAUCUGUUGAAGAACUGGAUUUUUAUCUGAGUACACGGGGUUCAGAUGAGUUUUACAGCUUGCCACAGAUUAUGUACUCCAAUGCGUGUUUACGAGAACUGAGUUUGUGCAAUUGUAAUCUUGUACCAAAGGAGGGGAUCAAUUGGCCUGCUCUUAAGGUUUUAGUUAUUAGGUAUGCUAAGUUGAACAGAGAUAUCGUUGGCAUGAUCUGUUCUGGAUGUCCUACUUUGGAAUCUCUCAAGUUUAGUAUGUGUUGUGGGGUUAAUUAUUUUGUAAUUAAUUCCAAAAGUGUGAAUAAGUUGGUGAUCAGUGGAUAUUGGCAACAAGAACAUGAAGAUAGUGAUGAUGAUGAUGGCAAUGAUGAUGAUACACAGCUGAUAAUAUAUGCUAGGAAUGUUACUUCGCUGGAGAUUAGAGGAUGUUUUCAUAAAAAAAUUCUUGCUCUUCAGAAUGUACAAGCUCUAGUCCAUGCUAAGCUAGAUUUCUAUAGGAAGACAGAUGAUUAUGAAAAUGAUUUCAAGACUGAUGAGAAUAUGUUAAAAGAUCUCCUUGAAUCACUCGAGGGUGUUGAGAAACUCUCCAUUGGGUCAUGGUGUCUGCAGGUCCUUACUAUGCUAGAGACUAAAAACUCCUCAUGCCCGAGGAUGAGAUGCAAGUACUUGACUUUGAACACUCCUUUUAAUCAAUCAGAGCUUCCUGGGUUAGCAGUACUUCUACAAAGUUGUCCUCAGGUCGAGAUCUUGAACAUAAGCAAGGACUCCCCUUUCGAAGAGUAUAAUUUUGGGUGGCCCUCUAAUGAAUUUAAUGGAGAAAAUUACUGGAUAUCAAGACCUUGUUGGGUGAUGCAUCUCAAGACUUUAAGGAUUGACGGCACCUGGAUAUAUGAGAGUCCGUAUUUUAAGCACAUCUUUCCGUUUCUGCAAGCUGUUCUAAAGAAUGGGAUAGUUCUUGAGAAAAUCAUCCUUGCUUCCUUCGAUGACAGAACAUGGAUUUCCCCCGGGCACCAUAGAAGACUUACAGAAACGUUACUAAGCUUUCCGAGAUCUUCAAGGGAUGCUGUUAUUUUGUUCUCUGGUUGAGAAGUAAAAGUAAAUUAGCAGUAUGUCAUGUUAGUAUUUAUCAAAACGUGCUUCAGAAACAUAUACUGUUUUUUUUCUUUCUUUAGACUCGAUGCCUUGCGUACAUUGUUCUUUUCUUGAGUCAAUCAACUAAGGCUCAAUCCGGAGCUAGCUAGUUGAGAAUUGAGAUGGAUUCUUAUAUAAAUUAUUAGUGGUUCUUUAAUGCUUGAUGUUUAUAUAUA